UCCUUCCUCUCUUCACCUCCACGCGCAGGUGCCGGCCCCUGCAACUGUCACUGGCCAAGAAUGGCUACCUUCUCUACUUCUCAGCUGGCUGCUGCCUUCGGCAUUCUUGGCAACGUAGUGUCGUUCUUGGUCUACUUGGCACCGUUGCCUACGUUUUACAGGAUUUAUAAGAAGAAAUCAACUCAAGGAUUCCAGGCGGUACCCUACUCGGUAGCACUGUUCAGCGCGAUGCUGUAUCUAUACUACGCUUAUCUCAAAAAGAAUGAGAUCAUUCUGGUGACCAUUAACGGUGGUGGCUGCGCCAUAGAGACCAUCUACCUCGUACUCUUCAUGAUAUAUGCAACCAAAGAUGCCAAGAUGCGCACCGCGAAGCUGCUGGUGAUAUUCAACGUAGGGGCUUAUGCUUUAAUCGUGGCUUCCACGUUCCUUCUCUCCCAAGGCCAUCGCCGAGUUGCGCUUGUGGGAUGGAUCUGCUCCGUCUUCUCAGUCUGCGUUUUUGCUGCUCCUCUUAGCAUCAUGAUGAAAGUUAUAAGAACGAGGAGCGUCGAAUUCAUGCCCUUUUCCUUGUCUUUCUUCCUCACGCUCUGCGCUGUGAUGUGGUUCUUCUACGGCUUUCUGAUCAAGGAUUAUUACAUCGCUGCUCCCAACAUCUUAGGCUUUGCAUUUGGAACCGCGCAAAUGGUAUUGUAUGCAAUAUACCGAGAGAGGGACAACGGCUUGGUUCUUCCGGAAGCUUAUGUGAAGGAAAUAGCGGUGACAGUCAUGGAAGUUGGAGCAGUACUGGAGACGCCACCCGCGGAUUACGACACUGCUUGUGCAAAACCCGUCAUUGAUCAUCCAUCUACAGAUCAAGCCAUCGCGUAAAACUACACCUUCAGCGAUACCUGAGUUUCAAGACAAAUCAAGUGAUGCUCGGAGCGUGCUCUCUUUCUCUCCAUUUUUCUUUUUCAGUACGAAGGAGUAAAUGAAUGAUUAACUAAUUAGUAAAAGAAACCACACACUCAUGCAUAGAAGAAGAAGAUCGAUGAUGAUGAUGAUGAUGAUCAAUCAUGAGGGCCUAGCAGUUUGGAGAAAGGCGUCCAAAGCUCUAACCGGCUACGUGCAUCGGGGACGGGCGUUCUUCUGUCAAUUAGCAUAUUACUAUUCCAGGAUGGAUCCAACUUCUCUAACUAUGGACUUCCAGUCCUGUA